UUGCAACUAAGAGCUUAAAGAAAAAAAAGUGAUCACGGAAUUUAGAUUCACAGUCACUUUGUUGGAGCUCGUGUUAUGUUUAGAGUUUGUAAUUCAAGAUCCAGUUAACUCUUCUUAUCUGCUAAGGUAGAGAUGUUGACACUUUAACCGACAGUCACCACCACUAUCACAGACAACAACAUUUGAGAAUGGCUGUGAUGCACCGUGCCCUCUUCACGUGGUUCACGGUCCUCAUAUUCCUCAUUCUGCUCGUGCUACGUCUCGACAACAAGGUCCUCUGGAACUGGUUCCUCAUCUUCACGCCGCUCUGGCUCUUUGACGCCGUUGUCAUCAUCUACAUCACCGUCAACAUGAUCGUGCACUGCAAGAACGGCUACGACCGCAACGACCUGACGAUGCCGCGCAAGCUGUGGUUCAUGGCGACGGUCGUGUUGAAGCUGACUUUUCAGGUGAUGCUGUGUCUCAAGUGGGAGUACUUCAGCUUCAUCUCGCUCUACAUCAUUAUGAUCCCAUUCUGGCUGUUGACGUCCGGGGCCUGUUUAGAUGUCUUCAGGGGACUGGUCAAGUUGUAAAGAGACAGGGCUGUAACUAGGAGGGGUAGGGGGAGGGCUGAGAGUUGUGAAAAUCAACAGUUGUGUCUCAAGUGGGAAUACAUCUCGCUGUAGAUCAUCAUGAUCCCAUUCUGGCUGUUGACGUCCGGGGCCUAUUUAGAUGUCUUCAGAGGACUGGUCAAGUUGUAAAGAGGCAAGGCCUUAACUAGGUGUAGUAGGAGGAGGGUUCCAUAGUGUUUAAAAAUAAUCUAAAGUAACUGUGUCUCAAGUAGGAGUAUUUCAGCUUCAUUCUGGCUGUUGACGUCCGGGGCCUGUUUAGAUGUCUUCAGAGGACUGGUCAAGUUGUAAAGAGGCAGGGCUGUAAUUACGAGGGGUAGGUGGAGGGCUGGGAGUUGUACAAAAGCAAAAGUGAUAUUCUGACUCGAGUGGGAGUACUUCAGCUUCAUCUCGCUGUAGAUCAUCAUGAUCCCAUUCUGGCCUGUUUAGAUGUCUUCAGGGGACUGGUCAAGUUGUAAGAGACAAGGGCCUAACUAGGAGGGGGAGGUGUAGGGGGAGGGCUAUGAGUUUGUGAAAAUCGCCAGUAACUAUGUGUGAUGUAGGAGUAAUUCAGCUUCAUUCUGACUAAUCCGGUGCCCUGUUUAGAGGUCCUCAUAGAACUGGGCAAGUUGUUAGAGAGCGCCUUUACUAGGUGUAGUAGGGUGACGGUUGGGAGUUGUUGAAAAUCCAAAAGUCUGUCACUUGUGAUUGAAUCUCAGCCUAGCCACUAUGAUAUAGUGUCUAAAAAUAAUUGAACAUAAGUAGGAACAUUUCAGCAUCAUUUUGGCUAUUGAUGUCCGGUGCCUGUUUAGAUGUCUUGAGAGGACUGGUCAAGUUGUAAGAGCCAGGGACUUAACAAGGGGGUGGUGUUUGGUGGGAGUUGCAGAAAAGUGAAAGUGGUCAUGAUACUGUGACUAGAGUGGGGUUAUUUGAACUUCAUAUUCACCCCAUUGUGGCUGUUGACAUCCGAUGCCUGUUUAGACAUGUUUAGAAAGCUUGUAAUGUUGCAUGGCUGUAACUAUGAACCCCAAGGAACAAUAUAUGAAAUGUGAAAGGGACACGAACACUUUUGUUUGUUUAUGUAAGAUACAGUAUAUAGUAGGACAACAACAAAAAAUGAAGACAAUAUUUUAGGUCUCGAGUUGGGGGAGCAAAUGCCCCAUCCCUUCCCUCACUCCCUGGUUACUACAAGACUGAACCAGCGACGAUGGGUAUAUGUGUGUGUGUGUGUUGCAGAAAACUAUUUUGUGUAAUGUAUUCUUUAUAAAAUAAAGUGUAUAUAAAGUCUUAA